UUCAACCUCAUUUGAUAAGGUAGCUUAUGGUCUUAUAGAUUGUCAGUACUUCAAAAAAACAUCGUCCACCUUAAAAUUACUCAAAUCCUCUGCGUUUCACUAAGAAUUCAUACUUAAAUACUCAAAUCUCAUUUCCAACUUGUCAAACUACACAAAAAUAUGGCAGCCAAACACACCCUAAUCUCCUAUUCAUCCAUUUUCCUGUUCUUCUCAAUUUUCGCCCUUUCUGCCACCGCUGAUGAUUAUAACUGUGUAUACACAGUUUACAUAAGAACAAGCAAAACCUUCAGUGGAGGAACAGACUCCAUCAUCAGCGUAGUAUUUUACGACGACACAGGCAAUGGAAUUCUAAUAAAGAAUCUAGAGGCCUGGGGUGGGCUGAUGGGCCCAGAUUACGACUACUAUGAGAGAGGCAACUUGGACAUCUUUUCGGGCCGAGGCCCAUGUUUAAGCAGGCCGGUCUGCUCCAUGGAGCUUACUUCCGAUGGAUCUGGAGCCCACCAUGGUUGGUACUGUAACUACGUGGAGGUUACUACUAGUGGGCCCCAUAUGCAGUGUGGUCAACAACUGUUUACCGUUGAACAAUGGAUUGCUCUUGAUAGGUCUCCUCAUGAGCUUACUGCUGUUAGAGAUAAUUGCAAGAAUAAUGAUGGGUUUAAACGACGUCGUCCGGUUAAUUCACUUCUUCCUGUUGAAACACUUCUUGCUGCUUCAUCUUAAUUAUAAUUAAGUAGCACUUUUGAUUAUUAUUAUUAUUAUCAUUAGCUGUGAUUGAUUGUAUGAUCGGAGGUGAGUGGAAGUUUGAUGCAUUAAUUUCCAUGGACUGAGAGGGUAUAAUUUCUUGUUUCUGUGGAAUUUUGUAUGAUCACUUUAAUAAUAAUUAAUGCAUUAAGGUAAUUUAUGUUAUUUU